AUGAAGCUGCCUACUCUGUUGGCCGCACCGCUGGUGGCGCAACUAUGUCAUGCGAUUGACCUGAACCUGGACGACCCGAAUUCCAUCAAAGAUGCCGCCAAAAUAGCAGCGCAAGGCAUGAUGAAGUGGUAUACUGGAAACAGUGCGCCAGGAGGUAUUCCAGGUCUACUACCAGGACCGUAUUACUGGUGGGAGGCAGGCGCAAUGUUCGGAGCCAUGAUUGACUACUGGUAUUACACUGGCGAUGACACCUGGAACGAUAUCACUAAAGAAGCGCUGCUUUUCCAAGUCGGUCCCGGUGACAGUUACAUGCCUCCAAAUCAGAGCAAAUCUUUAGGCAAUGAUGAUCAAGCGUUCUGGGGCAUUGCAGCGAUGACGGCGGCAGAGGUCAACUUUCCAAACCCAGAACCCGAUCAGCCUCAAUGGCUUGCACUGGCGCAAGCUGUGUAUAACACCCAAUUGGCGCGCUGGGAUACCGCAACCUGCGACGGAGGCCUGCGCUGGCAGAUCUUCCCGCUUAAUACAGGGUACGACUACAAGAACGCCAUCUCAAACGGCUGUUAUUUCAAUCUCGCCGCACGCCUGGCUUUGUAUACCGGGAACGCGAGUUAUCUGGCCGAAGCAGAGAAGACUUGGGACUGGAUGGUCGGACCAGUUGGCAUGAUCAGUCAGGAGUAUUACGUCUACGAUGGUUCCGAUGCAGAUCUUGGUUGUACUGAGCUCAGUCACUUGCAAUGGUCUUACAACGCUGGCGUCUUUUUAUACGGCGCCGCUGUUAUGUGGAAUGUGACCGAAGGAGACACGCAGGCCAAAUGGAGAACACGGACAGAGGGUCUUCUGGACGGAGCCAUUGCAAUUUUUUUCAAGAACCAGAUUAUGAUCGAAGUCGCUUGCGAACAGGGGGCCAAUUGUAACAUUGAUCAACAGACCUUUAAGGCAUACCUCUCUAGAUGGAUGGCAGCCUCGGUCAAGGUAGCACCAUGGACGCAUGACAAAAUCAUGCCUCUAAUCAGGCAGUCAGCGUUAGCCGCUGCAAAGUCGUGUACUGGAGGUGACGACGGAACCACUUGCGGAACUGACUGGCUCAACGGCGAAUGGGACGGAGCCUUCGGUGUCGGACAGCAAAUGAAUGCUCUCGAGGUGAUUCAGUCGAACAUGAUCGAUGCGGUCAGCGGCCCGCUCGGCAAUGGAACUGGCGCGACGUCUGUAGGAGACGUCAACGCCGGGACAGGCGGCGACGAGCCGUACACAGUGCCUGGCAUUAUCACUACUGCAGAUCGAGCCGGCGCUUGGGUCUUGACUGUCUUAGUCGUUGGCGGUCUGAGCGGUACCUUCUUCUGGAUGGUGGUGUGA